AUGGCCAGCAAGGUCGACCGCAUAGUAGCUCGGCUACAGGCUAAAAUCGAAGAGGGCGAUUACUACGAGGCUCAGCAACAGACCCGUGUCGCCGCAUCCCGCUACAUCAAGACUUCCAACUGGCCUGCCGCCAUCGAUAUUCUUUCCAAUGUCUCCCAAGCACUGCUGCGUGCUGGACAGGGUGGUAGUGGAGGUGAUCUCUGUGCCAUGCUGGUAGACGUCUACAAGCAGGCAGAGCUCAAGCCUGACGCUGAUUCGAAAGGCCGACUACUGGCUUGUCUGCGAUUAUUCCCAGCCGGCGAGCCCACAAGGAAGAAGUUUGUUGGAGAGAUUGUUGCCUGGUCAGCCAAGUUUGGCGAAUACCCUGCCGGAGACCCAGAGCUUCACCACGUCGCCGGAUCACUCUAUGCCGAAGAACACGAUACGUACGAGGCCGAGAAACACCUAUUAUUGGGAACCAAAGACUCUCCUGAGGUUUUGACAAAGAUGGAAUACUCUUGGUACAAGGAGGGCGAACCUCAUCAAGCAGCUCUCUUUGCUGGCCGUGCUGUGCUCCCUUACCUCCUAGUCGGCAACGUGCGAGCCGCCAACACCUGCUACCGCCUCUUCACCAGCUCUCUUUCCAGUGACAACCCGAACCUUGGCGUCCAAGAUGUAUCUAGCCCAGCUGGUGAUAUCCGCAUCUUCCCAAGCCUCCCUCUCCUCAACUUCAUUGGCUUCCUCCUCCUUGCCAUCCAGCGUGGCGCACCCGAACUCUAUCGCGCCCUGGUGUCCAAGUAUGCGACACAAAUCAACGAGGUCGGAACAUGGGGCGAGGCCCUCGAGAUGGUUGGAGAGAUGUACUUUGGUCUUUCCAAGCCUCGGCAGAGCAAUCCUCUGAUGGACAUGAUGAGCGGAUUCUUCGGAGGCGGUGAUGGCCAGCCCGAAAAGCCCAAGCGCAAGCAGGUUACACAACGGCAGGACGCUCCUGCAGCAGAGGGUCUGGAUUAG